AUGAGUUCUUUUUCAGCUAAUCAACUACAAUUUGAAAAAAAGGAUAACACGGUGAACGUUGGUGGCACAGCCUUCCAAUUCUCAGAAUUCAGGGAUUCUCCAAAUUUAUUUACUGAAUAUUUUUUUGGGGAAAAUGAAUCAAGAAAAGGAACAUCGUUUACCAUGUGCAUAGAUCGAGAUCCUCAGAUCUUCACGAUUAUCGCAAGGUAUCUUAGAGGCUACACUAUCUUUCCACUAUCCCCGACAAAUCUUCCAUGUGGAAUGUCCUUUGAAUUGUUUCGUCAAAAUCUUAUGGCCGAUAUUCACUUUUACAAACUUCCAGCUCUAAAGAAACAAACAUUACCUAUCUGCGCCUUUUUCAAAAGUCCGUUUAAUGAAGAUUGGCGGUUAGAUAUUACUUUAAGUUUGGCAAAACCGAAAGAUCUAACACUCGAUAAAGAAAUAGUUCUAUCAAUACACAGAGAUGGAUAUUCAAUCGUUCAAUUUCAUGCGACUGAUGUUCUUUGGGAUUUGGUUUCACCACAACAAUCAUUCUUUCAGUUUACACAACAAGCUGAUAUAUUCACCCUACGUCAAAUUUCUAAAACAUUUCGACCAAUGUAUGAUGAUAAUGCUUUAUUCUAUGGAUGCGAAACUGGACCAUCUUUAUAUAAUAUUGAUGAUGUUGAUAUGCCAGGAAAGGAUGUAUAUCAUAAUAUCUUUGACAAAAGUAGAGAAUUGGUUAGACCAAUGAUAGGAAAGUGUAUUCGUGUUUACUUGUCAAGAGCCAUUUUUUCCUUGAGGAUUCCUGAUGUUCCGGUAUAUGGUGGAAUGACCAUCAUACCUAUGUGGGGUAGUGGGAAUACUCAACUUUAUCACUUAUCACGAACUGUUGGACUA